AUGCAAGUAGUCCUGAUGUGUUUUGCUAUUUGUGGUGUUUAUAUAAUUACAAAACAAGUACGGAAUAUUACAGAUUUUGUCAAGGAAGUUUAUACCGUUUACAUAAAUCAUGGGAUCAUGGAUAAAUCAUGGGUUUCUCAUAAUGUUUGUAAAUCCUGUGUCGAGUCUUUACGUUUAUGGAAGAAAGGAGAACGCCACGGAUUAGAUUUCGGCAUCCCUAUGAUCUGGAUGGAGCUUAAAAAUCAUUUUGAUGAUUGCUACUUUUGCGCCGUAGACGUUAAAGGUUACAAUCAAAACAAAACGUGGAUAUAUCCAGAUUUACAGUCUACAAGUUGUCCAGUUUUGCACAGUGAAGACCUUCCUCGACCUAUUUAUGCUACAAAAAUAGUUAAAACGCCGUCAGAAAUCAUGAUGUUACCAAACUCCCAGCAUUCAGUAAAAUCUACAAGUGGAAGUGAAUAUAAUGGUGCAACAUCGGCACCACAGUUGUUUUCUCAAAAUGAACUAAGUGAUUUAAUAGGAGAUUUAAAUUUAUCAAAACAAGCAUCGGAACUAUUAGCUUCCAGAUUAAAAGAAAAGAAUUUAUUGGCACCAAAUGUAAUGAUAACAGCAUACAGGAAAAGGAAAGUGAAAUAUUACAAUUUUUUUGGGAAAAUCAACAAUUUGUCUACUUUAAUAAUAUUGCGGAGUUACUUCAAAACAUAG